GGUUCACAAACAUGGCGGGCGUGAGGUGGUUGAUACUUACUGCGGCUGUGUCAGGGUGGUGGAUUCAACUUAUGCUGGGUACUACCUGCCAAGACGAAAGGUUUGGAGACAUGUGUAGCUACUCCUGCCACUGUACUCCGCCCUGUGACCAGACAACUGGAGUCUGUAACGGUGCAUGUGAUCCUGGAUGGUUUGGUGGGAAUGGGCAAACCUGUCAGAGAGGGAACGUUGCCUACAACAAGACAGCCAAAUCGUCCGGAACUGACUACGCACGUAACGGCUGGACUGCAGACAAAGUUGUGGAUGGGAACCGGGACCAGGAUGUGCUCCACAACUCCUGUUUUCACUCUCAUUCUCGGAACUCUAAAGCUACGUUGACAGUGGACCUUGGCCAGCAGUACAGGAUACACGACGUCAGGAUAUACAACCGGGCAGAUUCUAUUCUGCGGAUCAGGACUGCUGUCCUCUCCCUGAGUAACUACAGCAGCUCCACACCCGGCGUCACCUGCUUCACCUUCUCCUCUGACACACCUCAAACACCCGACAGCGUGUACGACGUGACGUGUGACGGCACAGGGAGAUACUUCACCAUCACACACAGCACAAAGCUAAAUCUGUGUGAGGUGGAAAUUUAUGUGUGCUCAAGUGGAAGUUACGGACAGAACUGCAGCAACGCUUGUACUGACAGGAAGUGUACAGGAGACUCGCCAUGUGAUCACGUACGGGGGGCAUGUGUUUCCGGGUGUGAGCCAGGGUGGAUGGGUCAGGAUUGUGUAGCAGCAUGCUCAGAGGGAAGUUAUGGGCAGAACUGCAGCAACGCUUGUACUCAGAGGAAGUGUGCAGGAGACUCGCCAUGUGAUCACGUACGAGGGACAUGUGUUUCCGGGUGUGAGCCAGGGUGGAUGGGGCAAGACUGUAUAGGAGUGUGCUCAAAUGGAAGGUAUGGACAGAACUGCAGCAACGCUUGUACUGACAGGAAGUGUGCAGGAGACUCGCCAUGUGAUCACGUACGGGGGACAUGUGUUUCCGGGUGUGAGCCAGGGUGGAUGGGUCAAGAUUGUAUAGGAGCAUGCUCAGAGGGAAGUUAUGGGCAGAACUGCAGCAACGCCUGUACUAAGAGGAAGUGUGCAGGAGACUCGCCAUGUGAUCACGUACGGGGGACAUGUGUUUCCGGGUGUGAGCCAGGGUGGAUGGGGCAAGACUGUACAGGAGCAUGCUCAGAGGGAAGUUAUGGGCAGAACUGCAGCAACGCUUGUACUCAGAGGAAGUGCGCAGGAGACUCGCCAUGUGAUCACGUACGAGGGACAUGUGUUUCCGGGUGUGAGCCAGGGUGGAUGGGGCAAGACUGUAUAGGAGUGUGCUCAAAUGGAAGGUAUGGACAGAACUGCAGCAACGCUUGUACUGACAGGAAGUGUGCAGGAGACUCGCCAUGUGAUCACGUACGGGGGACAUGUGUUUCCGGGUGUGAGCCAGGGUGGAUGGGUCAAGAUUGUAUAGGAGCAUGCUCAGAGGGAAGUUAUGGGCAGAACUGCAGCAACGCCUGUACUAAGAGGAAGUGUGCAGGAGACUCGCCAUGUGAUCACGUACGGGGGACAUGUGUUUCCGGGUGUGAGCCAGGGUGGAUGGGGCAAGACUGUACAGGAGCAUGCUCAGAGGGAAGUUAUGGGCAGAACUGCAGCAACGCCUGUACUAAGAGGAAGUGUGCAGGAGACUCGCCAUGUGAUCACGUACGGGGGACAUGUGUUUCCGGGUGUGAGCCAGGGUGGAUGGGGCAAGACUGUACAGGAGUACACACCCAAGCUCCAACAUCCCCGUCUGUGCCUGGCGCGGCAGUUGGUGGUGCUGUGGCCGGCCUUGUCCUGUUGGUCCUGGUGCUGGUCCUCCUCCUCGUCAUCAUCAGGAGAAGAAGAAACAGAGGGAAUAAGUCACCCGAUGGACCAGAAUUUGGCGAGACGUCCUCCAGGAAUAGAAAGCUCCAAGGUGCUGAUAACGUUUACAUGAAUGUUGGGUUUGAGGAGAACGAUACCGUGCCAAAGAAAAAACAAAUUCUGGCUAUUGUUGACAAAGAUCACGGCCAUCAAGAGCAUCCACGGGAAGCUGAUACCCCGAGUGUGGCCAACCAAGAGGAAGACGACAAGGACGCCCAUGUUGACAUACAUCCGGAGGGAGAAGCAGUACCGGGUGACUCAGAAUGCAGCUAUUACAACUUAAGCGACCUUGAUCACGUGAUUCCAUUGUCUUCUCUUGAGGCAAGAGUACGUGAAAUUGAAAAUCAUCCCCAAGAGGCAUUCGAGCGCUUGCCGGGCGGAUUUACCCACAGCUACGGCGAAUCUCAGAAGGCAGGGAACAAAGGGAAGAAUAGAUUCAAGGGAUACUAUCCAUAUGACUUCAACCGUGUGGUAUUGCACGACGACAGUGACGGCAGUAGAGGCGACUACAUCAACGCCAGCUACCUAGAUGGAUAUAAAACUGACAAUCGAUACAUUGCAGCACAAGGUCCCUACAAGUCGGACAUUGUCGAGGAUUUCUGGAGGAUGAUUUGGCAAGAAGGGUGCACGUCUAUUGUUAUGGUAACUGGGUUGGUGGAAGCCGGCAAGGUGAAGUGCCUACAGUAUUGGCCUUCGGGGAAAGGACCAGAGAAGUUUGGAGAUGUUAUGGUUACGGUGGAAACAGAGACACGACUAGCCAACUGCACCAUCACCAAGUUGGCUGUUGAGAAUGAAAAGGGAAGCGAGAGACGGGAUGUCUACCACCUUCACUUCACCAGCUGGCCAGAUCAUGGUGUUCCAGACACUGCUGCCCUUCUGGACUUCAUGUGGAGGGUCAAGGUCAUAUCUGGACAACAAACAGAGCCGAUCAUAGUUCACUGCAGUGCUGGUAUAGGUCGGACAGGGACGUACAUCGCUGUCGAGAGUCUUGUGGAACAGGCUAAGACAGAGGGCGUUGUAGACGUCGUCAGCUUUGUCUCCAACAUGAGAGGGCAGAGGAAGAACAUGAUUCAGACAAAGGAGCAGUACCUGUUCGUGUAUCAGGCGGUGGCGAGGGCGGUGACAGAGGGUGAUACGUCACUGGAUUGUGACGUCAUCAGAGAGAUGAACCUGGAUCACGUGUCGGCCAUUGCUAUGGGAAAUAGGACUGUUCAACAACAUAUCAAGGUCUUGCAAAGUGAUUUGCAAGACCAACCCGACGAUUCACUCUUCAAGACUGUACCAUCAUAUACAUCGCGGAAUGGUUUCGUUAUCAUGACAUCACAUCCGAACAAAGAGGAAGUGUGGGAGACACUUUACAAUAGUGACUGCCGAAGUAUAUUCACGUACCCUACACAUGAUCAGUGUUAUCUACCAACAGCUAAAACUUCAGUGACAACCAAGAGGUUCGAAGUGACUGUGUGCAGAUCUACCCCAUUGUCUGACAACAUCAUCCUGAACACGGUUGAAGUCAAAUUAAAGCAUAGUGGCGAGGUCACUGUUAUGCAACACUACCAAAACACCGGAAGUGCACGUGACGCGGAACUGGAUUUGCUUAUUGAUAGCCUUCUGACAUGGACCAAUGAUCUGGAACGAGUCUGCAGCAUGAUCAUUUCUGACUGUAUGAGCGAGUGUCGACUCCUGGUUCCUCUUGUGAACAUCGCCAGCAGACUGCAGGACGACGGUAGAGUGGACGUCAUCAACAACAUGCGACAACUUUACACACGUUUGGGAGGUCCACCAUUCACAGAGGCUGACGUGAGACUAUGUCUGGAGUUUACUCAGCGGCGACUGGAGACACGCGGAGUUUACGCCAACAUGUGACAACAAGAACCGUACCUUCCAUGGAAGCGACUGUAUGAAACAGUGGCCUAAAGGAAACGUUCAAUAUUUUAGACAAACAAUGACAUAAUAUCACAGAUUACCCAUAUUCUGUAAGCCUGCAAAUUUGAGGACAUCAUACCGUCAAAAUAUGAAACACACUGGAAGCUUGAAUCCUUGAAUUCAAUUUUAUUAGGGAAAAUAAUUUUCAUAGUUUUAAUGUUGUUACAUUCACCAUAUUUCUAUGAACUUGCUAUUUUGCGUUGUAUUAUUAAUGACCUCUUGUUGCUCGGCACAACCCGUUUUUUCUGGUUGCACUCGUAGCAAAUUAUUUGUUUAUGAAAUCCAUAUGCACAUCUUUUUUAUUUUCUCUUUCCGAUUUGUAUGUUAUAUAUUGCUGGCUAAGUGAAUGCGAUUUCUAGAUGCACAUGGACGUUAUUUCUCUCUCUCUCUCUCUCUCUCUCUCUCUCUCUCUCUCUCUCUCUCUCUCUCUCUCUCUCUAUAUA